GCCUCAUUCUCCUCUUCCUCCUCGGACAGCAUAUCACUCCGACUUUACAAGAUUCAUCGGACACACUCCCUCUGUUUUCUGGACAAGUUUUUGUUACAGCUAUGAUGGAAGUGUCGUCACUGGGAAUCUUUAAUACACAGCUAGAGAUCAUCCUGCAUGGACUUGAAUGUUGUACUCGAGUUAAUGUUAUGGUGAUAGGAACAUACUUCUCCCAAACCUACACCCUUCAGAAGGGAGAGAUGGUAAAUGUCACUAUGCCCACCAACACUAUCCUCUCUGGAACUUCGACCUUCACUGCCGGCACGAUCCUAGUAACUUCUGAUAAAAACAUUUGUGUUAUCUCCCGGGUCAGCGCCGACAAUGGUUUUGAUUCAUCAUAUGUGUACCCAACAGACAUACUCGGGAAGCAAUACUAUAUUCUUACACCUACUUCUGCUAUUCCUGGCUUUGCUCAGUUUGCUGUGGUUAACCUAAAUACAACUACCUCGCUCACGGUCACUUUAAAGAAUGGUCCUAUUAUGUUUAAUGGGUCUUAUAUGUCUGCUGGGAGUUCGGUGACGGUGAAUCUCGCACCCUAUGGAUGUGCACAGUUUCAGUUGGAUGGAGACCUGUCUGGGUCUACUGUGUCAGCUAACCAACCAGUGGCUGUGCUGAGUGGUCACCAAAUAACUCAGAAAUAUCCCCUUUAUAACUACGGCUAUACAUAUGAGCAGCUGAUACCUACAUCUGUCUGGGGCAGUUCUUUCCUUGUACCUCCACUUUCCAUAUCUCAACGGAAAAAUGAUACAGUUGAAGUAAUUGCAGCUGAGAAGACACGCGUCAGAGUGUAUAAUAAAUCCUUUCUUCUUAUUGAUCACAUACGGUCUUCGAAUUAA